GGCAGCUGGAGGGGCCCUAGAAACUUUCCGGUGACUCAGACACGGUCCUGUUCUGCGUGGAGGGUCCGCGCACCACCCUUGCCCUGCAGCUCCCUUCUUCGGCAGCACACAUUUCUUGCAGCGCUGUCAGCCACUGGGCCCUGGGCUCUUGUUUGCCGAAAGGUCCUUUUCUGCUGCAGUGAAUACCGCAGCACUGUGAGAGGCCGGUGGUGUUACCUGUGAGGGAGCAGCGGUUCCUUUCCAAAUGCUGGUUAACUCCCCCUGAUUCCUCCCGCCCAUGAGUCUUACUAGAUUGUAAGUUCUAAUAGUGCUCACUCAGGCAUCUGACUAUUUUUUAUUAUUUUUAUGCAAGUGAAGAUGCUGUCUCCAUGUCGGGUUUCUAACAGGCACAGGUCUUUCUGACGAUUGUUUGGUCAUUCCUUGUAUGAACUCGGUUUAAGUGAAAAAUCCUUUUUCUUUUCUUUCUUUCAUGUGGUUGAUUCUUCACCAUCUUUAGAGAAAAACAAAGGUCCUUCCAGUUGGAGAAUUUCAGUACUCUUUAAUAAAUGCUAACUUGUGAGAGCCCAAACAACGAAACCCCUUUAUUUUUCUGCAUAUCAGACAUAGUAUCUUUAUCUGUAAACUGAAUUCAGUUGUCCUACAUUCUCAUGGCAUCAUAACAAGUUUAAAUUGGAUUAUUUGCCCCCAAAUAUCCUCUUGUCUUCCUUCUCUUAGCUCCCUGGUGGGUUUUCACCCUUAAGAUUUUCAAAAAAGCAAAAGGACAAAAAUGUCCUAAAGCUUACCUUGUAAUCCUUUUUCUUCCUAUUCCUAGUUUCAAAGGGCCCUCUGGUUAGCCCGCUAGCAUGUGUGUUUAUUUUAUUUAUUUCUUGCCCUGAGGAUCUGAUCUAAGAGGUGCCGCCAUGGAGCUUCCUAACCAUAGUUUGGUCUUUUACAAUUUCUGUCUCAGAAUGUAAGUCCUUUUUUGACACUGAAAAUAACAGCCGUCCCACCAAACUGACUUGCUUGCAAGAGCUCACGCUCACUUCUGCAAGAUGCUAGACCACCCGCUGGUAGGCAUCAUUGCCUCGGUGGCUUCGGGCACGCCUUCGGGCACAGGGAGUUUCCGCGGGGCUAAAACACAGAAAUGGUAUAUUUACAUGCAGAGACUACACAUUCUAAUAAUGUGUUUCUUUGGAACCCUGGGUGGUUUUCAAACACUUACACAGUGUUCUCUGUAUUCCGGGCUGCCAGAAGCCAGUAUUGUGGUUUUCAGCAGACACUGCUCAAAGUGUCAUUGGCAGAAGUAUUAUUGGCAACCUGGUCCCCUCUAAUUUUUCUCUCCAGGGGUGUUAAGACUUCGCUAAAGCUGAAGACAACCAACCUCACCCAGCAACAGCUGAAGCCAAUUCAAAUACUUUCAAAUCCACUGUCUACAUAUAAUCAGCAACUGUGGCUGACAUGUGUUGUUGAGUUGGAUCAAUCAAAAGAAACAUCUAUUCAGACAAGCUUCCUCAUGACUGUUAAAGUUGAUGGUGUAGCUCAAGAUGGAACCACCAUGUUCAUUCAUAACAAAGUUCACAAUCGGACAAGGACCCUCACCUGUGCAGGGAAGUGUGCAGAAAUUAUUGUGGCUCACCUCGGCUACUUGAAUUACACUCAGUAUACCGUGACUGUGGGAUUCGAACACCUGACGCUAGCCAUCAAGGAAAUGAACUUUACAUGGAAGACUUAUGACCCUGCAUUUUCCCAAUUGGAAAUUUGGUUCCGAUUCGUCUUUGUGGUGCUUACCUUCAUUGUCACUUGCCUGUUUGCCCAUUCCCUCCGGAAGUUUUCCAUGAGAGACUGGGGGAUGGAGCAGAAGUGGAUGUCCAUUCUUUUGCCUCUGCUGCUGCUUUACAAUGAUCCGUUCUUCCCCCUCUCCUUUCUGGUGAACAGCUGGUUUCCAGGCAUGCUGGACGAUCUCUUUCAGUCUGUGUUCCUGUGUGCCUUGCUGCUCUUCUGGCUGUGCGUGUACCAUGGGAUACGGGUUCAGGGAGAAAGGAAGUGUUUGACUUUCUAUUUACCUAAAUUCUUCAUUGUUGGACUAUUGUGGUUGGCUUCUGUUACACUAGGAAUAUGGCAGACAGUUAAUGAAUUACACGAUCCAAUGUACCAAUAUCGAGUUGACACAGGAAAUUUUCAGGGAAUGAAAGUUUUCUUCAUGGUGGUGGCAGCUAUGUAUAUUUUAUACCUUUUGUUCUUGAUAGUGCGGGCCUGUUCCGAGCUACGUCACAUGCCUUAUGUAGAUCUCAGGUUAAAAUUUUUGACUGCAUUGACUUUUGUAGUACUUGUCAUUAGCAUCGUCAUCCUUUAUUUAAGGUUUGGAGCGCAAGUAUUACAAGACAAUUUUGUAGCUGAACUGUCAACUCACUACCAGAAUUCAGCUGAAUUCUUAUCUUUCUAUGGCUUGUUGAACUUUUACCUCUACACUUUGGCCUUUGUGUAUUCUCCAUCGAAGAACGCCCUGUAUGAGUCCCAGCUGAAGGACAACCCUGCAUUCUCCAUGCUGAACGACUCCGACGAUGAUGUGAUCUAUGGGAGUGACUAUGAAGAGAUGCCUCUGCAGAACGGCCGGGCCAUCCGGGCGCAGUACAAGGAGGGGUCUGAGAGUGACUGAGCCUCCGGCUGUCCUGCAGCACCGCUUCCUGGCCCUCCGUGCUCCUGCUGGUGUUCAGGCUUGUGUCGUGAGCAGAGAUUUCCCGGUCCUUACUUGUUUACGUAUUUUUGAAAGGAAAACCAAAACCAAGGAUAAAUUUAAACAUUGGGCCAAAUUUAUUGUUAGAGUGGCUACAUUCGUUUGGGAAGAGAGGUGCUGAUGAAAAGUGUGAACAGGCAAAUCCUUUUUCAAGGGUUUCAGAUGAGAAAGGGUUUGUUUUUAGUGGUGAGGAGGAAAUUACUCCUGUUUUUAGUAGGUUUUUUGUUUUUUUUUAAUAAUUUGCUAACUCCAAGUCCACGGAAAGCCCUUAUGAAUGAAGUUGUCAACAUGGUGACGUUCUCUCUCUCUUCCUUUUUUCUCUGCCCUGUACCAGUUUCGACCCUUUUUAAACUCUAAGGGAAACCUAUUUUUGUGCCUGUCUCAUGAGGGCAGCCUGAGUGGCCAGCGCUCUGGAUGACCACGCAUGUUAAGUGACUCGUAACUUGUCUGUUGUGUGAAAUUUGUGUCAUGUCUCACUAGAGAAAUGGUGGGCGAGCCGGUUCUAGCCCUUCACUGCCCGCCCCCCACCCUGCCCCCCGGGGGCGGAACUGGCAUUGUGGGCUUCUGAGGAGGACUGGGUGAGCUUCAUAAGGAAAGGGUAAGAAAAUUGACAAGUGCCAGCUCUUGUUGGGAGAGGUCUUGCUACCAUACAGUUUUCCAAGGGCCUGUGUACACACGUGUGUGUAUGUGAGGGUUACAUGUAUAUGAACGGAUGUUGCUGUGAUUGGGGUGGGGAAGAGGGUAUCCAUUACAGUUCCCAUGGGCUGUAGUUUCUACAACUCCAUUAAAGAUGACACCCUGUGGAACUUUAUUUUUUUCAUAAAAGCUAAACAAAGGAUGGAUAAAAUAUUAUAGUUUCUUUACUGAAGAAAGGUUUUUCAGUUCCUCAUUUGGAACCUAGAUGAAAGAAAGUAAAACAUUUUUGAUGACUUGUGGAAGGAAGCACAUCUUUGGGUAGAAGGUCACUUGAUGGGAAUCAUGCCCCACCCUCUCGGCCUCAUACAGUGGCCUGGGAAGAUGAUGGCUUGCUCUGGAAAAGAAAAGUUGUCUGAAUCUGUGGCAUCGCAGAAGGCCCUGGAGAGUUGCCAGUUCCUUUUUGUCAGAGACUAAGUGUAGAAGUCUGGUACAGAUACCUCCUUUGCUUUUCCUUUGACACGCACAAUAAUGUCUGUCUUGAACUGUUGACAUACGAUCAUUGCUAACAUCCUGAUUGAUGGCAUGGCACAGGAUAGGAUUGUUCGGCUCUGCAAACAGUACCUACAUUUUCUUCAUCUAUGCAUUAACUCUUAGAUUACCAAGCUAAAAAUCGGAUUUCACUUUAGACAAUGCUGGAACCUUAUAGAGGUUCACGAGAGACUAUUCAUUAUGACUUUACCUCUUUGUGUUUAAUUUAAACUUUAGUGAUAACGUACCUUUAAUAUGGAUUCCAUUUAAAUUUGUUUUUAAAACCCUGUAAAUAUGAAAGUUUGAAUUAAAACGACCGUAUUAUUGCAAGGGUAAUUCGAGUUUACAUGGUUUUUACAUUUUCAAUGGUGUGAUUUCUUUUUUUUUUAUUGUAUUCAGUGGUAUUGGAAAAACUUUUCUGUUACCAAAUUUUUCUUCUACUAACUAUAAAUAAUUUUAUGUAAAUUGAUGAAAACUUACUUGGACUGAUUAAUGUAUUCUAGUAUGUGAUAUAGUUUACAGGUUUUAAUCAUUAUAAAAUAACUGUCCAUAAUUUGGAAUGCUGUUAUUUAUCAGUAAACUACUUGAGGCAUUUAGCCAUACACGUUAGAACUUUUUAAACCUUGUCUUUGUCCUGUAGUAUAAUUAUAAACUGAUGACUGAUAUCUUCAUACUUGAGUCUUCAUGGUAUCAAGUCAAUGAAAUGAAAAUAUGGGAGUAUUUAUUUACUUUUUAUAACUAAGUUGGAGACAAAAAAGGUAUAAAAGUAAGUACUUAAAGGGAAAAUGGUUCUUUGUUAAAUCGUGCAUUUUGGAUCUCUGGUGCAUCAUAUGUAUCAACAAGUUACACACUCCAUGUAAAAAUUUGCUUAAAGUAUAUAGCAUUUAGCAUGUAUUAUAUAUGCCGUAGAUAUUAGGUUCAAACACUAAAGUCUGCCGGAAACUUUCGGCAGUAGCAAGAAAAUUUUUUUUUUUUCUUUGGAGAGUAUCAAAGUUUUGCAAACUUAAAUUAUAAAUUCAGAGGGCUGACUUCAGUUCUUGCAUGGUAAUGGCUUGUAUAACAUCAUCUUUGGGAUAAUUUUUUAUACUGGUCCAGUCUAGGGGAAUCUGGAAGGUGCCUGUUGGUAUUUCAGUUUCCCUAGGGAGAGCAUCAUUAUCCAUGUGGGUAAUAGGUCUGCUUGAUUUAUUAUUAAAUCAUUACAGCAGUGAAGUGAUGCAGUUUUCUCUCUCUUAAGCCCCAUUUGAAAGGCUAGAGAAGGGGAUAUAUAAAAUAUAUUCAAGGUUUGUAAGAUUGUUCCUGUACAUAAUUACAGAUUGCAAUAAAAGUUAAGAUACACUAUGUAAACCCAGCCCACUAAAUGGGCAGGUUACAAGACAAAUGUCACCAGCCUCAAGUAUUUCCUGAACUAUUUACUGAAGGUACAGUUGUUAAAUGGGUUACGGUGUGGUCAGUGACUGGUUUCCUGGAAUCCUUCUCACAGGGUAAACCACGGGAGCUCAUAGACAGGAUGACAAGAGAUAGCUAGUACAUACUUAAGUCACUAGAGAAUAUUUAUGUAUUUUGAGGAUUUUAGAAACCAGUUGCCUUAGAGGUUAGACUUUUGGAAAAAAAAGAUGUUAAUCUUUUCCCCAGGCCAAAGGGAAGUCGCUUUCGUCUGUGACAUCUUGUUAUCCUGUUCAUGUUGACCUGACAGGUUUUAGAUAUACUGGUAACUAUAAUACCACACAAUGAAACACAGAAUUUUCUGCUACUGAAAACCGCCUUUUUACAAAAAGCCUGUAAAUAUUUAUAAAAUAAAAACAACUUUAAGCUCAGAAGAACGAACUAUGUAUUAGGUCUUGGAACUGUGUCAGUGAGCACAGUAACACCUGAUCACAGAAUGAUCAUUGUAAUCAAUCAAAAGUGAAUAAAUGUUUGUUUAUGGCAAACUUACACUUUGGGAAUGGCUUCAUUCUGAGACUGCCUUUCUGGUAAAUGUUAAUAAAUUUGAAACAUUCGGUCCUUA